ACCGCCACGCGGGUCGGGGCGGCGGGCGCGGGGCGGGGCAGGGGGCGGGGCGCUGACGUCGCGUCGCGGCCCGCGGCCCGGCGGGGCGGGGAGGCGGUGGCCGGUCGGCCCGACCCAGCCCGCAGCGGCGGCGGCACUCGGAGCCGGCUCCAGACCGCCCUCCGCCGCGGCGGAGUUUGCCUCCAGGUUCCGGAGUCUGCACCGCUUCGGCCGGCCCUCGCCCGCCGCUUCCCCGCCAUGGCCCUGGUGCGGGGCGCGGAGCCGGCUGCUGGGCCUUCCCGCUGGCUUCCCACGCACGUCCAGGUGACUGUGCUGCGGGCCCGCGGGCUGCGGGGCAAGAGCUCGGGCGCGGGCAGCACCAGCGACGCGUACACGGUGAUCCAGGUGGGCCGCGAGAAGUACAGCACGUCGGUGGUGGAGAAGACGCACGGUUGCCCAGAGUGGCGUGAGGAGUGCUCUUUCGAGCUGCCGCCCGGCGCCCUGGAUGGCCUGCUGCGGGCGCAGGAGGCCGACGAGGGCCAGGCGCCCUGGGCCGCGGGCUCCGCCGCCGCCUGCGAACUGGUGCUCACCACGAUGCACCGCUCACUCAUCGGCGUCGACAAGUUCCUGGGCCAGGCUACGGUGGCGCUGGACGAGGUCUUCGGCGCAGGCCGCGCCCAGCACACGCAGUGGUACAAGCUGCACUCCAAGGCAGGCAAGAAGGAGAAGGAACGUGGCGAGAUCGAAGUCACCAUCCAGUUCACACGCAACAACCUGAGUGCCAGCAUGUUUGACCUGUCCAUGAAGGACAAGCCAAGGUCCCCCUUCAGCAAGAUCAAGGACAAGAUGAAGGGCAAGAAGAAGUAUGAUCUGGAAUCUGCCUCUGCCAUCCUCCCAAGCAGCGCCAUAGAGGAUCCUGACCUGGGCAGCCUGGGCAAGAUGGGCAAAGCCAAAGGCUUCUUCCUCCGUAACAAGCUGCGCAAGUCAUCCCUGACCCAGUCCAACACCUCUCUGGGCUCGGACAGCACCCUGUCCUCAGCCAGUGGGAGCCUGGCCUACCAGGGGCCUGGUGCCGAGCUCCUCACCCGCUCACCGAGCCGCAGCAGCUGGCUGUCCACUGAAGGGGGCAGAGAGUCUGCACAGUCCCCCAAGCUGUUCACCCACAAGAGGACCUACAGUGAUGAGGCCAGCCAGAUGCGCACGGCUCCUCCUCGGGCCCUUCUUGACCUUCAGGGCCACCUGGAUGCUGCCUCCCGCUCUUCGCUCUGUGUCAAUGGGAGCCACAUUUACAACGAGGAGCCCCAGGCCCCUGUGCGGCACCGCAGCUCCAUCUCGGGCUCGUUCCCAUCCUCUGGCUCCUUGCAAGCUGUCUCUUCCCGGGCCUCCGAGGAGGGGCCUCGCUCCACAGAUGACUCCUGGGCCAGAGGCAGUCGUAGCAACAGCAGCUCAGAGGCGGUGCUUGGACAGGAGGAGCCUAGUGCUCAGGCUAAAGUCCUGGCCCUUGGGGCCAGCCGCCCUGGAGAGGAGGCAGGGGCCCAGCUGCCAGAGGGCAAGCCUGUCCAGGUUGCCACACCCAUAGUGGCCUCCUCUGAGGCUGUGGCAGAGAAGGAGGGAUCCCGGAAGGAGGAACGCAAGCCCCGGAUGGGCCUCUUCCACCACCACCACCCGGGCCUAAGUCGGAGCGAGUUGGGGCGCCGAAGCUCUCUGGGGGAGAAGGGGGGUCCUGCCCUGGGGGCCUCCCCACAUCACUCGUCCAGUGGGGAGGAAAAGGCCAAGAGUAGCUGGUUUGGCUUGAGAGAAGCCAAGGAACCAACUCAGAAACCCAGCCUGGACGUGUCUCCUCAGGUAGAAUCUGACCCAGCUGCUCUUCCUCACCACCUCCCCUGCUCCCCCUGGGCUCUGGCCCCCCCCACUCCUGCUCCCACUGCUGCUCCCAUGCUAAGCACUAACCUUUUUGCAGCCACCUCCCCCGCUGCUGCCACUGCCGCUGCCACCACCACCACCGCCGCCCCUGAAGCCACCCCACCUGGAUUCUUGGGUCUCACCAACCCAUUCCUCACCUCUUUGCAGAGCAACCCCUUCUUCGAGGAGCUCAUAGCCGACAUAGCACUAAACUCUCCUUCACCUGCUCCCUCUCUCCCCAGUGCCUCGAGGGCCAGCCCCACCCCCCUGGCCUCCCCUGGGAAAGCCCUGCCUGAGUGGGACAACACCUUCAACGUCUUUGCUGCCAGCAGGCUGCGUCCAGAGGCCAGGAGCAAGAUCCUGGCCCCUGCAGGAGUGGGGCUGGAGGCGGCAGGGCUGCAAGACCCGGGCAUGAGGGCCAUGACUGUGAAGGCAGCCGAGCCCGAGGGAGAGCCCGGGGGAGGAGGAGGAAGAGGUGGGAGCAGCAUGUGGCUGGAGCCCAAGGUUCCUCUGGACUUAGGACUGGACCACCAGAGCACGAGUGCAGCUGACCUGGGGCCUGUCGGUUCCGUAGGGACUGGUGUGCCCGCCUCGUCAGCUCAGCUGCAGCUGAGAGCCUCAGCCUCAGAACCAGACAGGGAUCUGCCAGCCCUGGAAGGGGAAGAAGGGCAGAGCCCGGCAGACAGUGGGACAUCUCUGUUUAGCUCCCCAGAAGUGAUCAGUGUGUGGGAGAGGCUGCCGGGCCCAGACAGCGCUGCUGAGGGCCAGGACGAUCAGGCCUCCCAAGGCGAAAACCAGCUUUGCCCUGACAUCGAGACAGCUGACGAUUCCUGGCCUUGGGAUGUGGUCACCAUUUCUCCUGCAGCUGAGAUGGUGUUUCAGGGAGAGUCCGAUGAGCCUCUACCCCAGGUGCAGCCUGAAUCGCCAGAAACUGUGAACCCCCAGGGGAGCGAGGGGCUUCCCCCACUGGAGCCUGAGCCUAAACCUGAGUGGGUGUCUGAUGAGGGGCUACAGCCCAGCACCCCACCUCCCAAGCCACCGCGCCUCUUCACACCCUCAAGAUCCCAGGAGCAGAAGGCCACAGAGGGGCUGAGUAACAGGGGGUCAGAGACAGAGGGAGAAGAUGCCUCCCCAAGUGCACUGGUUGUCAGUCCCCCAGAGACAAAGGAGGAGGGAGAGAAGCCCGAGUCGGAGGAGUCUGACAGCCGCUCCUCUGCAACCCUGCUGGACCAGCCUGGCCUGGAAGAGCUAGUGGAGGAUGCUAGCCCCACUGUGUCUGGUUCCUGCCUCUCUGUGCCCACCAGCUGCCCUGAGGGUCCUGCCCUCAUACUGUGUCACUCAAAGAGCCUGGCUCUUCAGAGUCAGCAGUGGUCUCUAGAGAUUAGAGAAGGCCCUGAGGAUCCUGAGGCCCAGGGCCAGGGUCCAGUAGGAGAGGGGCUUGGGUCCCCAUCACUUACCUCCCAGCAGGCUGAUGUGUGGGUCUCCAAGGAAGAUGCUUUGAACCCCUUCUUGUUUCAGGGGAGCCGAGAUCCUCCCAGCCUCUCAUCUGCAUCCCCACCAGGGUCCAGGGAAUCUUCUAUUCAUUCUGGCCCAGAAGAGCUGCCCACUCCCCCAGAACCUGACUUUCCACCGCCCCCUCUCCCGCCUUGGGCCAGCCACCACCGUGGGGGGCCCAGCCCUCCGUGCUCUCCCCUGUCUGGAGCCUGGCCCCUGACCUCAUCCUCCUCACCACCAGGGGAGCCAGCCUCACUCCCUGGCACCCUUGAGCCCUCCCCACCUGGGGGCUCCCCUGCCCCACUUGGGGAGGACCUCGCUGCAGCCACCCCAGCCUCCCCGCUUGUGCUUCUGCCCUUGGAGACACGACCAGCUGAGGAGCUGCAGCCCAGUGCCAGUCCCCACCCUGUGAAGCCCCUCAGUGCCGCUGCUGUGGAGGGCAGCCCCGACAGGAAGCAGUCCCGCUCCAGUCUGAGCACAGCCCUGAGUAGUGGGCUGGAGAAGCUCAAAACAGUCACAUCUGGGAGCAUUCAGCCUGUGACCCAGGCCCCUCAGGCUGGCCAGACGGUGGACACCAAGAGGCUGAAGGACUCAGCUGUGCUGGACCAGUCGGCCAAGUACUACCACCUGACCCACGAUGAGCUCAUCAGCCUGCUCCUGCAGCGAGAGCGGGAGCUGAGCCAGCGGGACGAGCAUGUACAGGAGCUGGAGAGCUACAUUGACCGGCUUCUGGUGCGGAUCAUGGAGACCUCACCCACGCUGCUGCAGAUCCCUCCGGAACCCCCCAAAUAGCCUUCCUCACCCCACCCCCAGGAGGGUUGGCGUGGACCUGCUGCCGCCUGCCCUCUGUCCUGCUGAACUCUCAUCUGUCCUGAGAGUGUGGCGGGGCAUCAUCUGUCCUGCCUCAUCACUCCUUGCUCCCCUCUCCUGUGUCAACUGGGGCUGCUGGAAGGGGGGUGCUCUGGAUUCCCUCUGGAGGCAUCAGGUUCUGUGCACAACUUGCUUGUCUUUGGGAGCCCUGGAUCUUUCCCACCUGCCUAUUUUGAAACUCUUCCCCCCAAGACAGAGCAGGGGUGAGCUGUAGCUUGAUGCGGUAUGUGGAACAAGGCUGGUUGCUAGCACAUACUUUAUUAUGCCGCAAGGAUGGUCAGCCAUUUCUUCCCACAGCCAAACUCCCAUCCCCUUCAUUUUCCUCCAGUCUCUGGAUGGGCUUCUAGUAUUACUGGGACAAGGACCACGCUGCCUGUUGGUGAGUUAUGGGCAACCAGGGUGCCUGCUCUUCAGCCUCACACCCAUUCCCCUGAGGGCAAGGAGCCUGUGUGAUCUGGGCCAGUCUCUGCUAUGUCCUGAGUCUGUUUCAGUCUCGACCUGUCUGUCGGGUGAGUGCUGUGUGGACAGAGGUAGAUGAUGUGUGUUCUUUAGGUUGCUCCCUACCUCCUCUGACCUUCCACAAGUGUCACAUGGGAAUGUGUGGGGUGCAGGGGCAGGUGCAGGGAGAGCUCCUUCUUGUUUUUCGAGCUCUUGCCCACCUCCAACAUCUAGGUCCCUGCAGGCUGGGGCUUGGGACUGCUUAUGUUUUGGGGAUCAAGCCUCCGUGUCUAUUCUUGUUGCCUGUCCAGAUGCCAAAACUCUGUGUUGCUGUAGGGUUUGAACUUUUGGAAACCAAUUAAAAUGUGCCUUUUGUGGGCAGGGUCAAGAGCCCUUGGAUGUUGACCUCUCCCGCUGUGUGGUGUCCCCCUCCCACCUGUUGAAUACAUAGGGAUGGCUCUCAGGGCCCUGGGAAUGAGAAUGGGUGGCCCUGCUGUGUGCUCUUCCCCUCUCCUAGAGUUAAUCUCUUGGUCUGCCAAGUUACUGCUCCCUCAGCCUUCCUGCCAUCUUCCUGUCUCUCAACCCCAAUAGGAGGAUCCCAGGAUAAAAACUACUGCUGGGCAAGUGGGCAGGCAGGCCUAGGGAUGCCCUGCUGACUCUCAUUUUGUCUGGCCUCAGAACUUAGCCAUGCUAGACCAGUCAACUUGCCUGUAAGUGGGAGGUCCCACUAUAUCAUUGGGAGACACCUAUACUUAGGAAAAAGCUUCUGUUGCCCUCCCAUCCAUCUACUAAGCUGCUGUCCCAGCCUGUCCUUCUGUCCCAGGACCUUGCCUGGUGUGGCUGCAGUGCACUUUGAAGUGAAGUGUCUGUCCUUUGGCCCAGCCCCUAGUUUGCUUGUAGAAAAUACGGCAGGUUGGCCGGGUGCGGUGGCUCACGCCUGUAAUCCCAGCACUUUGGGGGGCUGAGGCGGGUGGAUCACGAGGUCAAGAGAUCAAGACCCUGGUCAACAAGGUGAAACCCUGUCUCUACUAAAAAUGCAAAAAUUAGCUGGGCAUGGUGGUGCAUGCCUGUAGUCCCAGCUACUCGGGAGGCUGAGGCAGGAGAAUUGCUUGAACCCGGGAGGCGGAGGUUGCGGUGAGCAGAGAUCAUGCCAUUGCACUCCAGUCUGGGUAACAACAGUGAAACACCGUCUAAAUAAAAAAAAAAAAAAGAAAGAAAAUAUGGCAGGCUUCCCCAAGGCAUCUGUAAGGAAACUUGGUGGCUUGGGCCACCCUGAAUUAGCAAAAAUGGGGGGUGAUGAGGUACUGAAGGAGGAUACUUACGGCCUAGUGAGGAGGCAAGAGCUCAUCUGCGACCAUCGCUUCUUCAGGAGAGGGCCUGUGGGCUUGCUUGGAAGGCCUUGGGUAGACACAAGCCCUCUGGGUGAUGUCUGUUUGCUGCAAGGAUGGAGCAGAGGUGCGCCACACAUGGAGGAAAGCCCCUGUAAUGUUACUCAUCAGAGCUGAGAAAAGUGUCCACUAGUCCCCAGGGCUUCAGUCAUGCUUUUUGGCGGUCAUUGGGCAUUAAAGAAGUAAGUAUCUUUUCUGAGAGAGGGGGAUUCACCCACCUACUGGGUAUUCAUCUGGGCUUUAUUCAGUCCCAUCCCUGGCCCUGACCUUUGAUUGUGGGCCUCCCUAAUGCCCAGGGCAUGGAUGUCUUCAGAGGAGUUUUUGAAUUGAAGCCCAUGGUCCUUGUUGAUGUUUCUUCUAGCCACACUUGGAGGAGAGUGGGCAGGGAGCAGGCAUGGUUCUGAUUUGCUGUUUGUCUUCCUACUUGUAACUCCUGUUUAUAAAGAGCUUGUUCUUCAUGUUUUAAGCACUUUAUGAAGAAUAAAACAUUCAUGUACUGCA